AUGAGUACGAACGACCGGCGCAUGGACAUCAUGACGCUAUGCAGUACCGAGGAGCCGGUUUCGCUCGACUAUCACGUCGCUGAUUCACCUCUGCCUCGCGACGCUUCUAUUCGUCGCACGGGUUCCAGCCGCAAGCAGAAUUUAGAUGCAGUCGCCAACAUUUCAACUGUGAAAUUUUCACUCCAGAAACGUUCGCGCCGCUUGUCCAACAGCGAACGCGGCAAACUUUACCGCUGGCGCCGUAAAAACUACGUGCAGACACUUGAGGAGCAGGUAGAGCAGCUAAAACAGGAGGUCGACCAACUCUACCUCAGUAGCAGCUCACGGAAUCAGCGAGCUGUGGCCUGGUCACUUCCACGUCAGCCCAUGGGCUCGUCAUUUGCCAGUGUUGUGAACGAGUAUUUUUCGCUUUUUAGGUAUGGAGUGCCUGUAGCUGAACAAAAUGACAUCAAGGCUGUCCCACAGGACCAGCUGCUGCUUUUGUCAAGGCAGGUAGGAUUUCUGAACGGACUCAUGCACCCGGAUGUGGUGUUUGGUGACUCGCAUGGCGUACAUGAGCUGUUGGAUCAAUGGAGAAAGUACUCGCUGUAUCAUGCUGGGCUCAUAUACGAGAUCAAGUCUUUGCAAAUCAUGGCAACGGAUCCAAAUUUUGUAGUGGUUGCUCCCGCUACGCUUUACGUGCGCUUUACGCGACGCACUGUUGAGAAGAUCUUUCCUCACGUGCUUUGGAAUGAGGCGUUCGUGCAGCGCCUUAUUGGCAAGGAAUUUGCGUACCCUGUAAGAAAUACUUUUUACUUUGGUGACGACAACAAGAUCCAUCGGUAUGACACGUACGUGGAUUUUGUGGCUACUUUCAUGAGUGUGUUGGGUAACAUUGAAGACAGCAUGAUCAUGAUGGAGAACGCGCUCAUCCGGCAGGAGUCUAUGAUUGGCGACCUGCUUGAGGAGCCGCAUAGCUUUAAGGCAGAAAUGCAGGGCGUGGAGUUGGCACCCCUUGUUCAGAUGGUGGAUACUGAUUGUCAUCGCAGCAAUAAGGGACCGAAGCUGACACCCAUUGAAUUAUUGCUGCAUUCGUAG